AUGACCCCAAGAGCAACUAACCCUGUCAAGGCAUGCACGGAUGUAGCCAAGAGCAUUCAAUGUUUAACCGCCCGCUCUCCGCGCUUCCCGAGCUCGCAGGAUUCGAACACAGGAGAAGUCAGACCCGCGGCUGGCUCCGGUAAAAGCACCAUCAACAAGAUCAUAAAGAAUGAUUACUCCACCUCGCCCGAAGACAGACCCGUGAACUCACAAGAGAAACGUUUUGCUCACACAGUUGCUCUCCCUGCUACCAAAAGUCUGCCGGCCACCAGCGUGACCUCGUGGAUCGCUGACCUCAUUUCCAAAACCAGCAUUAGGGACCUCUCCAACACCACUGUCCACCGCAGCAAGAGGAUGCUGCUGGACACUCUGGGUGUGGGCAUCCUGGGCCACAACACCGACAUCGUGCAGACUGUGGCUCGCACCUGCAUGGUCUUAGAGCAUGCGGCCUACGUGGGAGGCCGGAACGGCAUGGGCGGCUGCGUGCUGUGGGGAUCUAGAAACAUGAGGACCUCGCCAGCAACGGCCGCCUACAUCAAUGGCGCCAGUGUCCACUCCAUGGACUUUGACGACACAUGGCACCCGGCCACCCAUCCGAGUGGUCCCACUCUCCCGGCUCUGUUGGCUUUAUCCGAGACAAUGAGCAACCUCAGUCCUUCUCUGGAGGAUCUUCUGGUAGCCUACAAUGUUGGCAUCCAAGUACAGGGCCUUUUACUGAGGUCUUCCAAUUCUGCCAAAAGUAUUCCAUGGAGAUUUCACCCUCCAGCUGUUGUUGGUGUGAUGGGCAGUGCUGCUGCCUGUUCUAGUCUCCUUGGUCUAGGACCGGAAAAGUGCAGAGCCGCUCUGGGCAUUGCUGCAUCGUUUGCUGGAGCUCCCAUGGCCAAUGCGGGAACCACCACAAAACCUCUGCACGCCGGGAAAGCUGCUAGGUUUGGACUAGAAGCUGCACUCCUGGCUGAUCAAGGGAUUGAGGGCAACGACAAUAUUCUGGACAUGCCAUCAGGUUUUGGUGCUUUCUACGAUGACUUCGAUCCAGAGACUUUAAUUGCUGAACACUACAACAGCCCGGAGUUCCUUCUUCACUAUCAGGACAUUGCUCUGAAGAGGUUCCCUGCUCACCUGGGCAUGCACUGGACUAUCGAUGCUGCUCUGGCUGUUCGAUCCAACCUGGAAGGAAACGCCGGAGCCCUGAACGUUGACAGCAUUGAGAAGGUUGUGAUCAAGGCUCCUCAAUCCAAGUAUAUCAACCGUCCUCUGCCGGCAACCAGACAUGAAGCCCGCCAUUCCUUCCAGUUUAACGCCUGCACUGCCUUGUUGGACGGGGAAGUAACUCCCAGCUCUUACCACAGCAAUCACAGACAACGUGCCCAGUUGAUGGCCCUGCUGCAGAAAACUGAGGUCCAGACAAGUGACGACAACAAACCUUCCUUCAAUGACAUGUAUGUGGAGGUGCAUAUCCACCUGAAGGACGGUUCUCAAGUCUGUGGUCGUUGUGACACUCCAUAUGGUCACUGGAGGAACCCCUUAAGUGAUGCCGACGUCAUCAAGAAGUUUAAUACCAACACCGCAGCCCUGACCAAUCAGAGCCAGCAGGAAAUACUCAAGAAAGUGAGGAACAUGGAUUCAUCUGAGAAAGCAACAGAUUUAGCCAAACUCUUGUAUUCAUAUUAA